GAGUCGCCUCCUUCACCUGGACACCUCGCGGCUCACCUGGACAAAAAGGGGCGGGGCUAAAGAGUCACCUGUCUCACCUGUCUCACCUGUCCCACUCACCUGUCUCACCUGCCCCACUCGCCUGUCACUGUAGUCCGGUCGGGUCGGACAGAAGAGGACGAUCCAGAGACGUCACGUGAUCAGAGACAGAAAUAAACCAGGACCGAACCAGGACCAAACCAGGACCGAACCAGGACCGAACCAGGACUAAGUCUGGACCGAGGCUGCAGGUUCCUCCAGGAUGUCCAAGGCUCAGUAUUGUUCCGUGAACUCCUCUGAAGCCCCGCCCCCCGCCCCCUCUGGCCACGCCCCCUGCUCCCGUCAGAGGUUCGUGCGUAAAGACGGCUCAGGUAACGUGAUUUUCCGGCACGUUCCGGAGGAGUGGCUGCUCCUGGUGACGGACAUCUUCACGACGCUGGUGGAGAUCCGCUGGAGGGUGAUGUUCCUGGUCUUCGCUUUGUCCUACAUCCUGUCGUGGAUGUUCUUCGGGCUGCUCUUCUGGGUCAUCGCCAUCGCCCACGGGGACGUCCAGAACCCGACCUCCGACCCCUGCGUGUACGAGGUCAGGAGCUUCACCGCCGCCUUCCUCUUCUCGCUGGAGACGCAGACGACCAUCGGGUGA